GAAAGGCCUCGUAGUGCCGUCUGUCUGCGAGCUCGUCGGUCGGAUCAGCGCAGGAGGAGGAAGGACAUGGCAGAGGGGAUCUGGGACUAUGACUUUUGUAGUUAGCUAGUUUUUAAACCGUCCGAAAGCUACUCACAACAAUCUACCUGAUCUUGGUAUCUAUUAUAUUACCGUGGGACACAUCUUCUCCUCACAGGAUCAGAAUGGCUUUAAUUUUGUUCUCCAGAUCUCGGACUCCGCUGAUGAAAUCACCCAACGUCAGAUCGCUAAAGAACGAGUUGAGGAAAGGAAACCUGACAGAAGGAGCUUGUUUCAGUUGUACUGCACUACGGCUGGCUGCAAACAGUCCUGAUGUUCUCAGAAGCAGUUCAGUGGUUCAGACCUCUCCUCUCAGACCACUGCUCUACCCUGACCACUCGUCUGUCCAUCACCGUUCAUCAGCUUUGUCUUCAUCUCGUCUUUACUGUGCCGUCCUGAUACCUGACUCCGCCCUGCCAGGCCACACUUACUCCACCACUCAUCCUACCAUCUCCCAGCUGUGCACUUCACCAGUGCGGUGGGUGCACACUACAAGCCGGCUCCACGAUGACUCAAAGGUGGAGCGCUCGUUGCGCUCUCUGAAAGAUCGGAAUAAGAAGCUGGAAGAAGGGGGACCCGUGUACAGUCCGACGGUGGAUUCUGAGCCUGUACGGAGAUCACUAGGGCAGCGUGUCAUAGACGAGAUCAAGCACUACUACCACGGCUUCCGGCUACUGUGGAUCGACACUACCAUCGCUGGACGUAUGCUGUGGAGGGUGCUGAACGGAAACGCUCUGUCACGCAGAGAAAGAAGACAGUUUCUGAGGACAUGUGCGGAUGUGUUUCGCCUCCUGCCUUUCCUGGUCUUCAUUAUUGUUCCGUUUAUGGAGUUCUUGCUGCCUGUGGCUCUAAAGCUUUUCCCCAACAUGCUGCCGUCCACCUUCGAGACUCAGUCCAAGAAGGAAGAAAGGCUGAAGAAGGAGCUGAGAGUGAAGCUGGAGAUGGCCAAGUUCUUGCAGGACACGGUGGAGGAGAUUGCACUGAGGAACAAAGCAGACAAAGGAACGGUCACUGAGGAGUUUUCCACCUUCUUCCAGAAGAUCCGUGACUCAGGAGAAAGGCCUAGUAAUGAACAGAUCAUCCGCUUCUCCAAGCUGUUUGAAGAUGAACUGACCCUGGACAAUUUGACGCGGCCACAGCUUGUGGCUCUCUGCAGGCUGCUGGAGCUGCAGUCCAUCGGCACUAACAACUUCCUGCGCUUCCAGCUAAUCAUGAAGCUCCGUGCCAUCCGCGCUGAUGAUAAGCUGAUAGCAGAAGAGGGAGUGGACAGCCUGAAUGUGAACGAGUUACAGGCAGCAUGCCGGGUGCGAGGGAUGAGGGCGCUCGGUGUGACUGAAGAGAGGCUAAAAGAACAGCUGAAACAGUGGUUGGAGCUGCAUCUGAACCAGCAUAUCCCCACUUCUCUGCUGCUGCUGUCCAGGGCGAUGUUUCUCCCUGAUACACUUUCACCUGCAGAUCAGCUCAAAACCACACUGCAGAAUCUGCCUGAGAUAGUGGCUAAAGAGGCUCAAGUGAAGGUGGCAGAGCUGGACUUCUCGAAGGUGGAUAAUAAGACCAAGCUGGAGACCAUGCUGCAGGAGGAGGCAGCAAUACUCCAGGAGAACAGAGAGAAAGAGAUGGAGAGGCUGGCCGACGCUGCAGAGAAAGCCAAAGAACAGCAGGAGGCAGAAGCUGCUCUGUCCAGUGUAGAUGUGGCCAUCCACUCUGAAACACUACGAGAUACAGCACCAGUGCUGGAAGGCAUUAAGUUUGAGCAGUGGCAGAAGUUUCUGCGCAUUCAGGGUGAGGAGAUCACUAAGGAGGAGAUCGACAUGUUGAGUGAUGCCUGCACUAAACUGAAGGAGCAGAAGAAACUCCUCACCAAGGAGAAGGAGGAGCUGGAAGAGCUGAAGGAUGACGUGCUGGAGUACAGUGAGGACCUGGAGGAGAUAAAGAAGGAGCUGUCCAAGACCGGUCAGGAGAAACAGGUGGAGGAAUCUAAAGCCAGUAAGCAUCUCUCUCGCCGGGUCAACCGCAUGAUCGGCCGCAUGGAUAAGAUCAUAAAUGAGCUGGAGAAGGAUAAGCUGGUGCUGGAUGGGCAGAUGGGCAGUGCAACUACACCACCAGUAGGAUUGUUCUUUGAGAAACGUAGUGACUUACAAAGUAUUUUCCUGUCCUGUAGGGAGAACCUGAUCAGCAUCAACGAGCUCAUCACUGUCAUGCGGCACAUCCAGAGCAUUCCAGAGCAGAAGCUGCUCAGUAUUGCCGAAGCCCUGGAUGAAAACAAGGACGGCAAAAUAGACAUUGAUGAUGUUAUGAAGGUGGUGGAGCUGAUCGAUAAAGAGGACAUAGACAUCAACACUACGCAGGUGGCAGAGAUCAUGGUGAUGCUGCAGAAGGAGGAGAAGCUGGUGGAGAAAGAGAAGGCCAAGGAGAAGGCUGAAAAAGAGCAGGCAGCUAAAGUUCAGAACUAAUUCUGACAACCAGGGUACAGUGGGAAAGAAACACUGAAGCUACUGGUGCUGAAGCCCAUGGUUUUGUACUUGAAAAAAAAAAAAAGAAGCAAAACUAAGUGAUGAGAAAAAAAAACGUUCAUUUCACCCCCCAAACUCACCCAAUCAGCUGGCAGCGAUGUUGGUAUCCUGUGAGCUGUGUCACUUAUAGUUUUUGCACACCAUCAUCCUCCUCAUCAUUCCACUGCCAUCCUUCAGAUUCAUUUUUCUUUGUGUUAUUUUAUUGAAAGCAGCUUGUGUUCAGUUCAACGCUGACUUAUUUUAACACAGUUUAAGGAAUGUAGCUCGGGGGACCUGUCUUAUUUGUCCAUCUUGUUCGUCCAGUAAGUAAGCAGAGGAGUGAAGAAGCACUUCAGAAGAGGUACUUUGGAAAAUUUGAACUCAAGGCUCAUUUUUGUAUUAUUUUUGCAUCAAUACACAGAUGCUGCUAACUGAUUGAGCUUUCCGGGCCAACUCUUUGACUGAGUUGAUAGAGUUGAGUCUAGGCUGCUUAUAUGUUUAAUGAUAUUAUUUUCUUUUUAAUUGUUAUUAUUUGAUUGUGGCCUUGAGUGAACAAUAACACCCGCUUUUUCCUGACAAUCCUAGUGAUUUAACAAAUGUAGCUUCUAUAGAUUCAAUUUUGCACAAAAAAGCUUCCCCUUAAAACUGUUUAUAGCUGCUGCAUCGGUAGUAUACAGUUGAUUUCGACAGUAAUUUUGAUGCAUUUCUAAAGAUCAAUGAGCUUUUGCUCCAGCAUCUGCCCUUAUGGAUCGAAAGGUUUUUAGAUGUUUACUGAAUUUGGCGAAAUCUGUCGAGAUUCUUUUCUGUAUACUAGACGCAGGAGAAAAAGUUUAUUUUGUAAAUAGUGUAGAUAGACCUGUCAUGAUAAAUAUUUUUGUUUGGGUGAUAUAUUGUCCUAGAAAUAGUAUCAUUGCGAUACUUGAUAUUAUUUCAAUUUUAAGACUAUUUUAUGCUGAAAAUGUAUUGAAAAUAUAAUGUGCAAUUACACUCUUUAAAAGAGCAAUUAUUUUUUAUUUAUUAAUAAUAUUGGAGAUUGGAAUUGGAGUAUAAACCUAUUUAUAUAUUCAAAAUGAAUAAAACAUAACUAAAGCAAAAACACUGUUAAACAAAGUCAACAAAGUCAGUAGCUCAUUCAUAUUAAAAGGCUCCCCUCGCGAAAAACAAAACAAAACAAAAAAAAAAAACAUGAUUUAGGUCAUGUCUAUAUAUUUUACGCUAAAAACUCAAUAACUAAAUUAUCGUGACAGGUCUAAUUGUUGACUAGGGUUUAAAAUAGGAUUCCCCUUUCAAACCUAAAGUCCUUCCUUGUGUUUCUGUAUAUAAGGAGUAACAAAUAGCAGCUGUAGGUUCUGUAGGUUUUGCUGGACCAGGGUGUUAUAUGUGAUGGCAUGGGGUAGAUGAGUUUAAAAGAAUGAAAGAGCAAGAAAGAGAGAGCUGCUUCAAGAGUACGUGUAUAUGUGUGUGUGUGUGUAGAUAUGCUUGCGUGGGACUGCAUGUGUGUGUACGUAUGUGUUUGUUUAGACAAGUGAAGACAGAGGGAGCUAGCUCGCUGCAGUGCAGACAGGGCCGACGUGGGGCUCGGCUCCGACCCAGCAUGGCGAGGCCAGUCUGGGUAUAGUCAGUCUAAGCACUGGGUAAACACUCGCUCCCUACAUGGAGAGGGUAGAGAGCAGAGGCAGAAUACGUGAGUGCACACACACACACACGCACUCCGUGCAGAAACACACACGUACACAGUAUUUUGUCAGCGUAGCAUAGUUGUACAGGGCACAGCAGACAGUAAAUACAUCAUUCCCAACCCUAAACAUGUCAUACGCAGAGAACAGAGUGUCUGAGCUGGAAGCGCAGUGUCUGCGCUGCAUCAGACAGCCAGAGAAAGAGUGAGAGUGAGAGAGCGUGAGAGGGAUGGUGAGAAACAGUGAGUGUGUUUACAUGCACUGCAAAAAACAUUCAUAAUCUGAUUCGACAAGUAGUCAUGUAAACAGCAUACUCUGAUUUCUUAGAUCGGAGUUUGUCAUUAAUCUGAUCAUCUUUACCUGAAUGGGGGUAAACUUAAAAUAAAAAAAACUUGAAAAAGUUUACACGAGUCAGGCAAUAAUCUAUUUCAUCCACGCCUUGCAGGGUGGUGUUGUAUUAUACCCUGCGCACUUAUUUGCAGUACCAGAGAAAUCCAAAAAAAUACUCCUAAUUAAGAGUAAACAUGGACGAAGGAAUCUUAUUACUAAGCUAAAAAAAUAUAUUGCAGAUUUCAUAAUUAGAUUUUUUUGACCUUACUCCUUAGUCAUUUCUCAAUGAGAUUUCUCAGUCUGCAUAUGCAUGGAAAUAGACUAUAUUUCCAGAAGUAAUUAAGCAUAUAGUGAUGAAACACUUUCGAAGCAACUCCAAAACUGAAGUAUUUAAAUAAUCUUCCUCUUCUAGCUGAUAUAUGUUCCACUGUGGGUUGUACAUGAUGGUUAUGUGACAUAUUAUUCUGUGCACAUUAACUAAUAAUCACAUUAUCUGAUUACCCAAGUGCAUGUAAACAUAUUGAUCAGAUUACUGACAAACUGACUGGCAACGCUCUGCAGUAAUCAGAUUAUGAAAUGCAUGUGAACGCACUCAUCGAGACAUGAGCAUCAUUUAGAGCCUGGGUGCCUAAUGCUUUUAAACUGCGUCCAUAAGCUUUAGCAACCUGUGGUGUUUGUGCAGCUUCUACCUGCAUAUCAAUAUGUAGGCCUUAAACCACAUACCUGAAUUAUUCUGCAUUGUAAUCUCAUUCUAUUGUAUCUACUGUGUAAAGGGAGCUGGAUUUAUAUCAUUCGGAUGUAUGAUUGCACUAUAAUUAUUUAAAGCUUUUUAUUCUAUUCUUUUCAUUUUGAGGUCUUGAUUCAGACUCAGGUACAUUUGUGUUAUGUAUGCCAUUAGCUGCAGGUGCAGGAUGAGAGGUUGGAUGAAGUUGGAGUUGGGUAUAAACGUGGCAGGAGAUGAGUAUUUUUGAGUAUUUUUUUUACUUUGAGUACUUGCACUGCUGUUGUCCUGCUUAAGUAUAAAAUAAAAAACACUUGGUCAGACCAAUAGCUUUUGAAAGAACUAUUUUUGUAAACGUUGAAGCAGGAAGCACCUUUAAAUUGGUAAAGAACCUUUAUAAUUAACCACAUUAAAUCAUUAAAACAUGGUUCUUUACUUUGCCAUCAGCAGCUGGAGCCUGAGAGAGCACAACUGGACAUUAAUUGGGCUCUAGAUGGGUAGAUGAAGGGCUCUCACUAAAUAACUACCAUUAUGAUGCAUGCUGGCGCAGUCGCCUGUUGGCUGAUGAAUCAUAGCUGGGGAUCUGGCGCUAUCCUCCAAAUGUGUUGGCUGCCUAUUGAUGCUGGUGGCACUGGCAAAAGUGCCAAAACAGAUGGUGGCGGACUUCACAUGUAUCAGAGGAGGCAUGCACUUGUCCUGUCCUUCCUAGUGUCAAAGCAUUGCAAGUGAGUGUCCUAGUGAGUGGGCAAGUUAAUUGGCUUAACUAAAAAAAAAAAAAAAAAAAAAAAAAUAUAUAUAUAUAUAUAUAACCCUGGGAACAUAGCCACUGUUCUUAGUUCAGUCCAAGGCUUGAGCUCAUUUAAAGGGGAAUUCCACCAGUUGUUCAGUAGUCCUGCAUAGUUCAGCUGUAAAGACGUGAAAAGUUAAGUCACAGUGGUUUGAUAUGAAAUGUAUCCUUCAACGGAAAUUUGCCAAGACGCAAUCAUUCAUAGUGGUGUUGAUGGGAAGCAGAUGUCUGAGGAGUUUAGCACCUCUUAAAGCGACGUCACAGAAAGUCAUUAUGUGAAAGGUUACGAUGCUGUGGAUUGUUUUAAUGAUAGUUGGGCCUAAUUUUUUUUUUAUAUAUAUAUCUUGAAAGUGGAGAAGUACAUGCAUCACAUUAUACAGUAAAGUAAUCGUUAUUUAUUUUAAUGUGACUUUCUUUUAAUGAGGUCUUAGGUCCCUUAAUUACAGUAUAUUACAAUAUAUAACAUUAAACCUAUAAAUACCUUAUACAUACGGAUCCCCAACACCACCACUUUAGCCCAUGAGAGUCCAUAAAACAAAAAUGAUUAAAAUAUUAAAUAAUAAAAUCAGUUAAAUAAAGCUGAUUAAUGUUGAGUCCUAUUGUGAUGGAGGUCACAUGACUCAAAAACCAGAGGUUGAACACGUUACAACAACAUUUUCAUUAUAUCAACCUGAAUUUUAUCAAUUUGUUCAAAAAGGGGCAAAGAACUCUGCAUAUCUUUUUUUUUUUUUUUUUUUUUUUUAAUGCAUUUCUUAAUGCGUUUAAAUUAAUAAAUGGGUUAGAAUGCACCUUUAGAGGCUAAAAAAAUAGCAAUUUCUGAGCUGUUUUUUCCUCAAGCACUAAUCAAACACACCAACAUUUUGUCAGUCUGACUUCAUUCAGGAUCUUAAGUAUGUCACCUAGUUUCUUUAUAAGUUAAAGGGAUGGAUAAAGUGCUGUAAGGAACUUUUCACAUCUUUUAUUGGGUCAGUGACACAUGCAUAAUAUUGGGCUCUUACAGGUUAAGAAGUCUUGAGCCAGUAAGUUUCUGUUUAAUGAACCAGUUCAUACCAAACCACACUAAGUGACUUGAAAUUCUGGAGAACGACAGUGGUAUUUCCCUUGUAGACGAUGAAUAUAACGUUCUGAAUAUAAAUAUAUUUGGCUCUGUUCAGAUAGGGUCAUUGUACUGUACUCUUGUAGGAUUUGAAAAUCAUACAGAAGUUGUAAAAUUUCUAUUAUAGGCUCUCUAAAAGAAUUAGAUUAUUAGUGCUGUAGAGCUAGAUAAGCUAGUUCCAUAGACUGAACGCAUCCCUCCCUAGAGAAAUGAAGGCAUAUUGAGGAAGCCCUAAAGGAGCUUGUGCUGUUGGAGUUAAGUCUUAGAUUAGCACUGACUUUUAACUGACACGGCUACAACUACAGGGCUCCAAGGCCACAGUUAUUGUGUAAUUGAAACUGUUAGAAAUGUGCUGUACAUUGCAUAAAGCAGUAUUGGACUGCCUGUUUUUUUUUGCUUGGAUUUUUUAGAAUUAGUUCGAACCAAAUGAGCAGAUUAGAAUAAGUUAAAAUUCAACGUCUGUCUUCUUGUGCAAAAAUAAUUGGCUCAACUGCCCCAUCUGUCAUUACACCUGCUAAAAAAACCUGUACGUUCAAUACUUCUUUAUGCCUCUGUAUGGUUGUGACUGUACAAGUGUAAACUGUACAGUAGAUUGGCUCUUAAUCAUUUAAUUCAAUUAAUUGUUCUUAUUUUGCUGAGUUCACCAAAUGUUUGAAAUGAAAUGAGGAGUGUACCUCAAUGCGCUGAUAUGUUAUUUAUUUAUACUAAUUAUUUAAACCUAAGGGAUGGAACAACAAAAAGGUAUUAUAGUUGAAAAUCAUCCAAAUAUUAGAAUGACAUUCAGUGUUUGUUUGUGUGUGUUUUUUUUUUAGGUUUACUUCAAAUUAAUGCUUUUUAUUUUGCUCGGAGUAAUUCAGAUGUAAAAGCUGCUCAUUUUGAUUCUCAUACAAGCUAUUCCAAAGUAUUGAAUAAAAUGAGAUUAAAUGGCCAUUGCAA